UCUGAUAAGUAAUAAUAGCUUUCUCCCUUGAUUCAUCGAUCUCUUCCCAAUCCCACUGCGCUACCAAAGUAAACCCUCAUCGCCGACGCCACUCGUCGAUCUUCGGCAGUCAAUCACUUGCGAACUGCUCGCCAGCGAUCGGGCUUGGGGUUCACUCCGCACCAUUGCAUCCUCUCUCUCCUCCACAACUUUGGUGUGCCUUCCCUUGACACCAACGCAGCUUGAUUUAUCAGCGUCCGAGUCUGCUACUACUAGGUCCGAUCCGAUCCAGUCAUGACGAUUGCUUCUCAAUUGAUCCGUCACUCCCGCAAGCUUAAGAGUGCUCAAAAUAUUCUACUUCAGGAACCUGCUGUUCUUGCAGGUUUCUCUAAAGAUGUAUCAAGGAAUUAUGUGGGUGCUUUCGGCAAAGAAAACUAUCGAGAUUCUGAAUCUUAUGUUCAUCGGAUUUGUAUUAACAGCAACAAUGUCAGUGACAGAAGAAAGGCAUUUUCUUCAGAAUCAUCAGGGACUAACUGGUACAAAAAAACACCUGCCAAGAGUUUUACUUUGUUUGGCAUGAGAUUCAACCAUGCUUCAUCCAGUAUACUGACUACACAAAGGAGACUGUUCUCAAGUAAUCCAGAUCUCCCCCCACAUCAGGCCCUUGGUAUGCCAUCUCUUUCACCCACCAUGACUGAGGGUAACAUUGCAAGGUGGAUAAAGAAGGAAGGUGAUAAAGUAACACCUGGUGAGGUGCUCUGUGAGGUGGAAACUGACAAAGCCACUGUGGAAAUGGAAUGCAUGGAAGAAGGAUAUCUUGCUAAGAUAAUACAUGGAGAUGGGUCCAAAGAGAUAAAAGUUGGUGAGAUAAUUGCUAUAACUGUGGAGGAAGAGGGAGAUAUUGAGAAAUUUAAAGAUUACAAUGUUUCUGAAUCUGCCGGUCCUACUGAAGUUAAGACAGCAUCUGAAACUUCACAAUCUAAAAAGGAAGAGGAACCCCCUGCUAAGGCUGUUGAACCAAAAACUGUAAAGACUGAAGAAGUGUCUCGUUCAGAAGACAGGAUAUUCUCUAGUCCCCUUGCAAGAAAGUUGGCAGAAGACAACAAUGUGCCUCUUUCAAGUAUUAAAGGUACUGGUCCUGAUGGCCGGAUUUUAAAGGCAGAUAUUGAAGAUUACUUGGCAUCUCAAACAAAGGUUGUCUCUGCACCACCAAAGGCAAAGGAAUCAGGAGGAGGUCAACUAUUAGAUUAUGUGGACAUUCCAAAUUCCCAGAUAAGAAAAGUUACAGCUUCCCGCUUGCUGCUCUCUAAACAAACAAUUCCUCAUUAUUAUUUGACAGUUGACACCCGUGUUGACAAACUUGUGGAGUUGAGGAAAGAACUUAAUUCUCUCCAAGAGGUUUCUGGUGGUAAAAAAUUAUCUAUCAAUGAUCUUGUUAUAAAGGCAACUGCUCUGGCCCUUCGCAAAGUUCCUCAGUGCAACGGCUCCUGGAUGAACGACUUCAUACGCCAGUACAACAAUAUUAACAUCAAUGUUGCCGUUCAAACAGAUAAUGGGUUAUUUGUUCCAGUCAUCAAGGAUGCGGACAAGAAGGGACUUGCUACAAUUGCAGAGGAAGUGAAAAUUUUAGCUCAGAAGGCCAAAGAAAACAACUUGAAACCAGAAGAUUAUGAGGGAGGUACAUUCACAGUUUCAAAUCUUGGAGGCCCCUUUGGUAUCAAACAGUUCUGUGCCAUCAUAAAUCCUCCUCAAUCUGCCAUUCUGGCUGUUGGAUCUGCUGAGAGACGAGUGCUUCCCGGUGGUGGUCCUGAUCAAUUUGAAUUUGGCACCUUCUUGUCAGUAACAUUGAGCUGCGAUCACCGAGUGAUUGAUGGCGCAAUUGGGGCGGAGUGGUUGAGAGCUUUCAGAAGCUACAUAGAGAAUCCACAAUCCAUGUUGCUGUGAAGCAAUUCUGCACCCAAUGUUCUUUUUUGUAGGAUUUGCCAAAUAAGUCUCCAGACACUCUCCAGUUCUUUGUUUAUUCUCUUCUUUCCUCAAUGGUUGGUACAUUAUCAUUAUGGCCUCUGGCGAGGACCUGAGCCAACACGAGCUAACAAGAUAUUUUUCUUGAGGAAUUUUUUACUGAAAAAUUACCGACAUGAAGGAGUGUCGAAGCCAAACGGAGUGGCCAACUGUUAACUUGCUUAUUGAGUGCUCAAUCUCUGGGUUAAUUUUUAUACAUCAAUAAUUCUCCUAUUUUUGUCUUA